ACAAUCCAAGUAUCACCAUUAGUAUGAUGUGUUCAAAUGAACAUUAAUAUAAUUACGACAUAACAUAAAGUGAAAAUUCUAUAAAAAAUAUCAACUAGUGUAAAGACUGUUUGUUAGAAAUAAAGAGGAAUACGAAGGGUAUUUUAUAGAAUUUUCAAAAUUUAUUUAAAAGUACAAUUUACAUUUUCUCCUUUUCAACUUACGUAUUAUACUGAAAAUUACAAUGAGCAUAAUAUCUUAUUCGUCUAAAUAAUUGUUGAGUUUACGGGUGGUCAGUGUAGUCUGAGAAUGUAGUAAUAUCUUGAAAACAACUAGAAACUACACUUUUGUAUGUUUUCAUAUUUAUUCGUAAAUUUAGUAAUAUAUGUGCAAGUACUUACACGAAAAAAGAAUUUCGUUGUGAUCUAGAAACCUCGCAAGUUCAUGCAAUACCUUUUUCAGUGUACUUUAAUAUAGUCUGUUAUAAAAACAUAUCUUAACACUAACGAAGAACACUGUUAAGGUUAACGUUAACGAAAUGAGUAUUCACAAAAAUAAAACAAUACUGUUAUAAAGUAACAUGUAAUGAUUUCUUAGCAUUUUCCACCCAAUUUUGUAACAUGUUAAUUCAAAGAAUAAUUAAUCAAUAACAUAAAGUAUAAUCAUAAUUAGUAUAACACAAACAUAAUAGUGAAGAUGUAUAAAUUAUUGUGUGAAAAGUUCAUUUAUAAGAAUCAAAAUGUAUUGCCUUUCACAUACACUUGUAUACAGCAAUGUCAUACAGAAGUGGAAAGAAAGAAAAAUAAAAGCAGAGUAUCCAAUAUCAAGAAGUAUUGGUUCAAUAGAUACAUAGAUUAUGUACAAAACUUUACACAUGUAUUGGAAAGGAAUUUUCCAUGGACUGUAAAGAUGUAUCGCGUAUUUAGUAUUGGUACCAAAGAUUUUGUCAUAGAAAUGAAAAGAUAUUUGUCAAUACUAAAAAAACAAAAUAUUGAUGGUAUUCGUAACUUAACAUUGGAAGAACUACAGCUGAACUAUACAAUGCGUAAAGAUUUAAUAAGGAUAUGCCCUUUCAUAUUAAUAUCUGCCAUUCCUUUUACAACUUAUGUCACCUUUCCUUUGGCAUAUUAUUUUCCAAGACAUAUUUUAACUUCUCAUUAUUGGACACCACAACAAAAGAUUGAUUUUAUGUUGUUAGACCAUAAAAGGCGAUUAAAACACAACAAACCAUUAUUCAGAUGUAUGCAGGCAGAACUUGUCAAAAUUAAAAACCAAACAUUGAAAACAAAGUGGAAUGACAUCAUUGCAUGUCUUGGUAGUGGUACACACCCUCGUGUAAACGAUAUUAUUGCCUGUUCUGAACUAUUUUCUGGUCCUCCAUAUUCAUUGAAGAAUCUUAGAAGGAGACAUGUAAAAGAAUUACUUGCUAUACACGACAUAUCUUCUUGGACACCUUUCAAAAAACAAAAAUUAAAGGCAAGGGGUAUGCUGAUACAACAAAUGGACCAAGCCAUACAAAGAGAAGGUGGAAUUACAAAAUUGUCAAAUGAUUCAAUAUAUUGGGCACUUUCAUUUAGGGGUAUAAAUCCGACUAAUAUGUCAGUAGAGAGUAUGCAAAACUGGCUUGACCAGUGGAUUGUAUUGUCAAACGCUGUCAAUGAAAAUAAUCUUUCUUUAUUAUUACAUGGUCCAAUACUGUUAGCAUAUAAUUAUCCUUCUAAUUGGAUUCUUAUAUAUAGUUGAAACAGUAAUACAAAACCUUUAUUAUUUAUAUUAUAAGAUAAAGUAUGUAAGCAUUGUGACAGUAUACAAUCUCAAUAUUUAUUUGUGUUUGCUCUUUGUGAAAUGUAUAUAAAUAAAUCGUAUAUUUAUUUAUUAUAUAAUGCUAUAUACACGUACCAACUAAUUUCUGUCCUUUGUUCUAUUAAUAACUUAGUAACGUUUGAAAUUAAAAAUAAGUUAUAAAUCCAUGUAAUAAUAUAUUAUUUAUUUAUAUGUACCAUUGCAUUUAACAAUAAAUUCUGAUGUAAGUAAUCAAUAUUUUGCAUGUUUUAUUUAAUUCUUUGUACUCAGCAACAAGAAUGAAUUGAAAUCAGAAAAUCUAGAUGACAAAGGGUUGAAUACAUAUUUUGUACAUUAAUAUAUGCAGAUUAUAAUAACAUACAUUUAAUAAAUAAUAUGUCUACAUAUGUACCAAGUUAUAUUUUAGGUUAGUGCUACCCAAUGAAGGGGACUGCCAGGCGCCUGAUUCCCCUUCCUUUCUUCAACCUUUUUCCAUCUUUUUCUUGUGUAACAUGUAGCCAUUGAGCUCUAUCCUAGGAUAGAGCUCAAUGCAUGUAGCAUACUUUCACUGUCAAAGCUAAAGAAGUAACCAUAAUACUAGGCUAUAUAGGUUGUCCCGUAUAAAGUGUUAUCGAAAGAUAACAAACUUACACAUUGCACGUUUGUUAUCUUCCGGUAACCAACUCACGGCAAUGCCAA